AUGCAUCCUUCUCGCCAAUACAAAGUUCCCAAUGUCACUCAGUCUCCUCGAACAUCGUUGCCGCUGCACCUCCACCCCGCUGUAGAUGGUGCCCUCAAAGAACUCAAGUCUGCACACCGUCGUCUGCACGUUGCCUGCGCAGAAUUUGGCAGGGAGCUCCAGAUCCUCAAUAAAUUGUACUACAAGGGCUACAACCAGCAUCGGCUUGCUUUAUUCUGGAAACGGACGGCAGAAAUACGAAAAUAUGCACGACGCGUAGACGAUGCAGACAUUGCUUCGAUAGCAGACGUUCUGCGACGCUCAUUCUUUGGACCUGAAGCUCAAGUCAACCCGAAGAUGUUGAGGGGAUCAUGGACGCACCUGCCAGACCGAGAUUCUCUGCUGUCUUUAUUGAAAAGAGCGAGCGAUUAUCGCCAAUUGCUUGACAAGACGCACGAACGGUUCGUGAAUGCAUACCAGCAUCUCAACAUCGCAAUGCAAACGGGCGCCUUCAUACAACUCCUCGUAGUCCUCGCAGCCGUCGUGUCGAGAAUGGACAUCCUGGUCGAAGAAAUAACAGAUGCCCUCGAGCUCAUGCGCAAAUCCGGUCGUGAAGUCAUGAACGUCAUUGAUCCUGCCUCGGCUACGGAGACGCGUUCGACCCACUCGAUGCCGGGUGGCAACGACGUUCCUACAACAACGUCUUCGAUAGAACAAACUGAUGUAACUGAUGAGGAUUUGGGUGAUGUUCUCUCAAGGCCCUCAAUACUCGCUUGGCAGGAUAAUCCCCCUCCACUUGACCCCAAUCAAGCCCUCUUGUCCGUAUACCAAGACACUGGAGUUGUUUCUAUCACAAGGACGGUCGUUACCGUGGCAUCCAACGAGGCAGCUGCGUCACCACCUGACCCGCCGCGCCAACAGAAGGCGAAGAAACCCAGACGGACGAAGCGCGAUGAGAUUGAUGAUAUCUUCGGUUUCAUGUAA